AUGGCAGACCAAUCAGAGGUGUGGUCGAUAGAGCAUUUGGUUCCUGGCGGCAGAUCUCCUGCGCUGUGCAACCUGGACAAAGAGCUUGUGUUGUUUGCUCUGUUUGCUCUGUUUGCUCUGUUUGCUCUGUUUGCUCUGUUUGCUCUGUUUGCUCUGUUUGCUCUGUUUGCUCUGUUUGCUCUGUUUGCUCUGUUUGCUCUGUUUGCUCUGUUUGCUCUGUUUGCUCUGUUUGCUCUGUUUGCUCUGUUUGCUCUGUUUGCUCUGUUUGCUCUGUUUGCUCUGUUUGCUCUGUUUGCUCUGUUUGCUCUGUUUGCUCUGUUUGCUCUGUUUGCUCUGUUUGCUCUGUUUGCUCUGUUUGCUCUGUUUGCUCUGUUUGCUCUGUUUGCUCUGUUUGCUCUGUUUGCUCUGUUUGCUCUGUUUGCUCUGUUUGCUCUGUUUGCUCUGUUUGCUCUGUUUGCUCUGUUUGCUCUGUUUGCUCUGUUUGCUCUGUUUGCUCUGUUUGCUCUGUUUGCUCUGUUUGCUCUGUUUGCUCUGUUUGCUCUGUUUGCUCUGUUUGCUCUGUUUGCUCUGUUUGCUCUGUUUGCUCUUCUGCUUUGCAGGUUUCCAGUGCCACCUGUGUUGGACAAGAAUAAUAUAUCAACUGACUACACCCACUUGUACCCUUAUCUUCCUGUCAUCCAAGCAUCCAAGCAUCUCACAGCCAUAACUUUCAUCGAGAAUCCUUACCUUCUCGCGGCGCUGCCACACCGAUUGCCGGAAAACUCCACCUCUCCCAUACCUUUCUUUCACAUGGUUGAACGACUGAAAUGCGAGAAGCGCGAAGGAUGGCGGCGUUUUGGCAUUAGAGAUGGCGAAUCGAUAGCAGACCAUAUGUACAGAAUGUCCAUCAUGACCAUGUUGGCUCCUCCUGCCCUGUCAUCACGACUGGAUAUACCUCGAUGCACGAAGAUGGCUCUGGUUCACGAUAUGGCUGAAGCAUUGGUUGGCGACCUGACUCCAGUAGACAAUGUCCCGAAAGUCGAGAAGAGUAGAAGAGAGGCAGAAACCAUGGACUACUUAUGCAACAGCUUAUUGGGGAAGGUACAUGGAGGUGAGAACGGCGCAAGCAUACGGAAGAUCUGGCAGGAGUAUGAAGACAGCGAGACGGCUGAAAGCCACUUUGUCCAUGAUGUUGAUAAGGUGGAGUUGAUGCUGCAAAUGGUGGAGUACGAACGCGCACACGAUACGACGCUCGAUCUUUCGGAAUUUUCUUGGGUGCAUGACAGGCUCAUCUUACCGGAGAUGAAGGAAUGGGGGCAAGAGAUACUUGUUGAGAGGAGGCGGUUGUGGGAGAACAAACAAGUGACACCAAAGGAGCCAAAAGAAGUGAAGACGCUCCAAGAGCAACAGGACCAGUAUUACGGUGAGAGUAAUGGCAAAGCUGUAUAG